AUGGCGCCCACCGACAAGAGGAGUCUUCCCACGAAGAUUAAUCCGCUGUUAAUCGAGAGUAUCCCCGAAUACACCGAACUCGUCGCGCGUCGCCGACUCGGCCAGACUCAGCUGACUCCUAAGAUGGUCGGCCCUGGUGCGAGCGAACAGACCACGACCCUCGGCGCGUUUGACUAUGCUCAUCUUCGCGCCCCAAUGCCCAAGGGCAUCGUCUCGGGCAUUUUCAAGUCCAGCCCCAACAGCUACUUCCUGAUGCGCCGCAGCCACGACGGAUACGUAUCUGCGACUGGCAUGUUCAAGGCGACGUUCCCCUACGCCGAGGCGGAGGAGGAGGAGAGGGAGCGCCAGUAUAUCAAGACUCUGCCCACCACGAGUCGUGAAGAGACUGCUGGCAACAUCUGGGUGCCCCCCGAGCAGGCUCUGAUCCUCGCCGAAGAGUAUCAGAUCACGACCUGGAUUCGAGCCCUUCUUGAUCCGGCCAAGAUCGCGGUUUCGAGCAGCAGCAGCUCCUCGGCAAGCCCUCCCCGGAACAUCACGGCGCCUCCCAAGUUUGACAUCUCCAAGCACGCGACCACCAUCGCUUCGACCGUCACACCCAACCUCGCGCCUCCCACCCCGACGUCCCUCGCUCGAUCUCGCGGCCGCCGCUCUGCUAGCCCUUCAAAACUGCCCAAGAAGGUCACUGCCUCUCCUCGCAAACGCUCGACAAGGGUAAAGUCCUCCGAAUCGUUCGAUCCGCCGCGAACUAGGAGCCGCAGCCAGUCCGUAGAAGUUGAGGAAGCCAGCGCGCGUGCGUCGAAGGAGGCCGAGGCCAAGGCAGAAUCCUUAGUUAUCCUGCAAUCCGUCGAAGAGGAGCCCUCGAAGGCUACGGCCGAGGAGAACGGAGAAGAAGUCGCUGCGGAGCAAGAUGAGGAGACCAGUCAGAAGAAGCCUUCUGAGAAGUCCAAGAAGAAGAAGAAGGCGGCCGAUUCGGAAAAGAUCCAUCUCCUGAGUGCUGGCGAACCCCCGUCCAAGGAAGAGACUCUGAAGAUGUUGGCGGAAGCUAAGAAAAUGGUCGAGGAAGCGGCGGAAACCGCCUCCCCAUCGAGCGGCGAAUCCCCAUCGGACGAGGUCUCCGCGGAAGCUCCGGCGAUAAAUGGAGAGGUUGAGUCGAAGAAGGGCAAGCGCAAGGCACAGGAUAUCUCUACUUCUGACGAACCGAACGAAAAGGAGGGCGGUGAGGAGCAGGAGGAGGAUUCCGAGGAGCAGCGCGCCGCGAAGAAGGUGAAGACGGAGAUUGAGCUUCAAAAAGGACGUGUCAGGCAACGCGCUCUUGUGGGCAUUUCUGCCGCCGUCGCUAUGGGGUAA